AUGCCGCCAGAACGCUCCAAUGUCCCGGUGAAGCUGUCCUUGCCUCUGCAAUACCAGCAGGACAUCUUCACCGAACUCCGCACCGAGGAUGAGCUCGUCAUCCUGGCUCGGGGGCUGGGUAUUUUACGCCUGGUGACGAACUUGUUACACUUUUAUGAUGCGGCUGGGAAUAAUCUCGUCUUGGUGGUGGGUGCGGAUGAUCGCGAGAAUGAGUGGAUCGGGGAAGCGCUUGCCGAACACUAUGCUAUUAGCAAGACCCCGAUGGCUAGGGGGUUGAAGGUGAUUAAUACGGAGAGGGCGACGGUGUCGAUGCGGGAGAAGAUCUAUGCGGAGGGCGGUGUUCUGAGUGUGACUUCUAGAAUACUCGUCGUGGAUCUAUUAUCUAAACUCCUUGACCCUCAAAAGAUCACCGGGAUGAUCGUGCUUCACGCCGACAGAGUCAUCGCGACCUCGACGGAGGCAUUCAUCAUACGCAUUUUCCGCGACAACAACAAAACCGGCUUCCUGAAAGCAUUUUCGGAUCUGCCCGAGCCGUUUACAACGGGCUUUGCUCCGCUUGCCAAUUCCCUUCGUAAUCUGUUUCUCCGCAAAGCUUCCCUGUGGCCGCGGUUUCAUGUCACCGUUGCCGAGUCUCUCGAAGGGCACCGGAAAGCGGAAGUGAUCGAGCUUGAAGUUCCCAUGAGCGAGAAGAUGCGCGAGAUCCAAAACGCGGUGCUGGAAUGCGUGGAGCUGUGUAUUGCGGAGUUGAGGAAGGCGAAUGCUGGACUUGAUAUGGCGGAAUGGACGCUUGACAGUGCGCUUCAUAGAAGUUUUGAUGUCUCUAUACGCCGUCAACUCGAUCCGAUUUGGCAUCGCGUGAGCUUCAGGACUAGGCAGAUUGUUAGUGACCUGAGUGAUCUACGCGCGAUUUUACAUGCCCUGCUCACGUACGAUGCUGUCUCGUUUGUCAAGUAUCUGGACACUAUCGUGACCGCCCAUUCUCCGCCGCCGGGAUCGACGAAGCACAACUAUUCGCCGUGGCUGUUUCUUGAUGCCGCCCACGUUCUGUUUCAGACCGCGAAGUCCAGGGUUUAUCAGGGCAAGAUCAAUAGCGAUGCAGCCAUUACCUCGACCAAUGCAUACAUUGACACGCUCCAGCCUGUCCUGGAAGCCCAGCCCAAGUGGGAGGUUCUGGCGGAUGUCCUGGCGGAAAUCGAAACCGAUGCAUACCUCAACCCACUUCCGGCUGAUGAAUCCAAUAGCACGGUGCUCAUAAUGUGCACCGACCAGAGGACAUGUCGACAGCUUCGGGAAUAUCUCGGCACCAUGCAUGCCAGCGUGGAAAGCAAGAAGCCCGUGGGUGCAGAUGACGCUGAUGACGCGCCAGAGAAAAAGGGCUCUGCGGAUGUGCUGAUGCGUCGAAGACUAAGGGAGUAUCUUGAUUGGAAAAAGACUUUGUCCAAUAUCAAUAAAAACCUCUCAGUUCAGCAGAAUGGCGAUCGACAAACUGGAGGAAGCCGAGAUUCUCCCGCUCCCGCCAAUCUGCCAGGGAGAGCUCCGCCCAACAAGCGACGCCGGGUCCGUGGCGGCGGAGCGGUUUCUUCUGCUGCAGGUCGGGUGCCAAACACUAGUGUGCAGACGGAUGUGGAGCAGCCUGGACAGGUCACCGAGUUGAUAGAUGAAGUUCAACCGACGGAGAUUGAAGAAGCGCAGAAGGCGGAGAUCGUCAUCGACUUCCUGGACGAUAUGGAAGAUUAUUACGAAUUAUACGACAUGAACGACUUGGUAAUGGUGCAUCCCUACGACGGGGACGUGGAUGAACACAUAUUGGAGGAAGUUCGGCCGCGGUACAUCAUCAUGUACGAGCCUGACCCCGCGUUUAUCCGACGAGUCGAAGUAUACCGCAGUUCUCAUGCGGGCAGGAAUGUGCGUGUAUACUUUAUCUACUAUGGGGGAUCCGUAGAGGAGCAGCGGUAUCUCAGUGCUGUCCGACGAGAGAAAGACUCAUUUACGAAACUCAUCAAGGAGAAGAGUAACAUGGCUGUUACAAUCACCCACGAUAGAAGCGCUGAAGACCCCCAAGAGCAAUUCCUCCGAACUGUCAAUACCCGCAUUGCAGGCGGUGGUCGAUUAGCUGCCACUGCAGCGCCGCCUCGCGUCGUGGUGGACGUCCGCGAGUUUAGGAGCGCCCUUCCGUCGUUACUGCACGGAAACAACAUGAUCAUCGUACCCUGCCAGCUCACCGUUGGCGAUUACAUCCUAACGCCGGACAUCUGUGUCGAGCGCAAAUCCGUCCGCGAUCUGAUCACCUCGCUCCGAAACGGGCGACUCUACAACCAGGCAGAGACCAUGCUGCAGCACUACAAGAACCCUCUGCUUCUCAUUGAAUUCGACCAGAACAAAUCCUUCACCUUUGACGCGUUCGCGUCCGCUUCAACCCCCGGCACUACAUUCCUCACCGACUAUGGAUUCUCCUCCUCCGGCACAGGGACCACGACCCCGUCGACCAGCACCUCCCUGGUCAACCCAUCCAGCCCCAAGUCCGCCCAGCACCUCAUCGUCCUGCUCACACUCACGUUCCCACGCCUUAAAAUCAUCUGGUCCUCCUCGCCCUACCAAACAGCCGAGAUCUUCGCCGAGUUGAAAAAGAACAACCCUGAACCGGACCCUGUCCGCGCCGUCCAGAUUGGCUUAGAUAUGGAUUUUGGCGCUGAUGCCGAUCCCGGCGACAUUAUGGCUGCUGCGGGCGUUGAACACCGCACUUAUAAUCUCCUUCCCCAGGAUAUGCUACGGGCGGUCCCUGGCGUGACCCCUCCGGUUCUGGAGCGUCUGAUUGUCGAAACAGACAAUAUCAAUGAGAUUGCCAAUAUGAGCGUGGAACAGCUUGAUCCUCUGGUAGGGAUUGAGGCUGCGCGCAAGAUCGUGGGGUUCUUUCAGAAGAGUGUUUUUGAGGAGAACUAGAUAUUGUAUGAGGG